CAGCUACCACUAGCUCUUAGAACGAGCCAGCUUGCAGAACAGAGAAGAAGCAAUGAGCAGCGGGGUGGGGUUUGCUGCACUGGGGCUGGUUGCCUGGCUGUGUUGCCUCAGUCUGGGGCCCGUUCAAGGGGGGAAGGUGCUGGUUGUGCCUGUGGAUGGGAGUCACUGGCUAAGCAUGAAGAUCCUGGUGAAGGACCUCAAACUCAAGGGCCAUGACAUCUUGGUGCUGGUUCCUGAGAGCAGUCUGUUGAUGCGUAGCUCAGAAAACUACAGGACAGAGAUGUACCCAGUGCCCUUUACCAAAGCUGAACUGGAUGGAACAUUUGACCAGCUGCAGGACGGAGUAUUCCUCGAGCCACCAGCAAUCACAGAUAUAUUCGUCAAUGUGCAACGUUUGACUAACUUUACUUCAAUGCAGGUGAAAGCCUGCGAGAGUUUGCUGAACAACCAGCCUAUAAUGAGUGGACUGAAGGAAGAGGGCUUCGAUGUGGUGCUUACAGACCCUUUCCUUCCCUGCGGCUCCAUCCUGUCUCAUAUUUUUUCCAUUCCAGCGGUUUAUUUUCUACGUGGACUUCCCUGUGGGCUGGAUAUAGAUGCUAGUAAGUGCCCCUCUCCUCCUUCCUACAUUCCUGCUGCCUUCAGUGGAAAUUCAGACAUCAUGAACUUCCCACAGAGAGUCAAAAACAUGUUAAUGACGCUUUUGGAGCACUACAUGUGCGGAAUAAUGUAUGUCCACUUUGACGAGCUGGUCAGCAGGCAUUUAGAGGAAGGCAUGACCUACAAAGGCCUUCUUUCUAAUGCAGCUAUCUGGCUUCUCAGAUAUGACUUUUCAUUUGAAUAUCCCAAACCUACCAUGCCAAACCAGGUUUUCAUUGGAGGAAUCAACUGUGCAAAGAAAUCUCCUCUGCCUGUGGACUUGUUGGAGUUUGUGGAGGGCUCAGGGGACGACGGCUUUAUCGUCUUUACUCUGGGCUCAAUGGUGUCCAACAUGCCUGAGGAGAAGGCUAAACAGUUCUUUGAUGCCUUUCGGCAAAUUCCUCAAAGGGUUGUGUGGCGAUACACUGGAGUCCCACCUGCAGAUAUGCCCAAAAACGUGAGACUUAUGAAGUGGUUACCUCAGAAUGAUCUCCUAGCCCAUCCCAAAGCCAGAGUGUUCAUCACUCACGGAGGCACCCACGGUAUCUAUGAAGGCAUCUGUAAUGCUGUGCCCAUGUUGAUGUUUCCACUGUUUGGGGACCAGGGGGACAAUGUGAAUCGCCUGGUGGCCCGCGGUGUUGCAGAGACUCUCAGAAUUUAUGAUAUGACCACUGAAACCCUACUGGCUGCACUUAAUAAAAUCAUCCACGACAAAAGUUACCAAGAGAAGAUUGCGACACUGUCUCAGGUGCACCUGGACCGUCCUGUUGAGCCUCUGGACCUGGCUGUUUUCUGGACCGAGUUUGUCAUGAGACACUCAGGAGCUGAACACUUAAGGGUAGCUGCUCAUGACUUAAACUGGAUUCAGUACCACAGCCUGGAUGUCAUCGGGGUUUUAGUCAUCAUCCUCCUCACCGUGCUUUGGUUGACACUCAAAUGCUGCUUGUUCUGCACCCGCAAGUGCUGCAGAAAAGGGACUCUAAAGAAAAAGCGCGAGUAGUGUUCACAGUCUUUAGGUUUUAUAAAUUCUGAAAAGAAGUAAAAAAUGGAGGUCAAAACACUGCAAUGACAUCUCAAACUGCACUCUGUAUGUAUGUGUGUGUGUGUGUGUGUGUGUGUGUGUGUGUGUGUGUGUGUGUGUGUGAAAUCUCAGUCUAAGUGCCUUUACAACACUAGUUGUGUAUCCAUCAAUGAGUGUCUAGGCACAAUUUGAAGAUAAAAGAGAAAGAUGAGAAAAGUUUAAUGGAAACACCAAAAUUCGAUGAAUUGAAAAUGCACAUAAAAGGUUUCUUUUUUUUUUUUUUUUGAAUAGUUAAUGCACUAGACGGGAGAUGGAAACGAUUUUUCCCAAUAAGUUCUGACAUAGUAAACAAUUAACUCAUAUGACUGCUCAGCUGUUUCCUCUCUGACAUGAAAGAACAAAUAUAACUUGCCCAAUUUUAUGUAAUUCCUAAAGAUUUUUUUCUCCAUUUUCUCUUGUGGGUGGCCAAAAUUGUCCGAUUAGUAACCUCUUUUUUGUUGUUGAUUUUUCUCUUUCACACAAUCUCUACUUCUUCUACUCCUUUCUGAUUGCUUAACCCACAGCCAAUUAUUACCCUGCCAUCUUCUGACCAAAGUACGUUUAUACAGCUUUGUUUAUUCACUCUAAACCAGUUGAUGGAAACAACUCUAAUUAACAUUUGCUUUAAUGGGACAUUUCAAAAUUCUGCUUCAAAAUUCGCUUCGACUUUAAUUGAAACAUUGUUUUUGUCAUUGGAUGUAUGCUAUUAACUGAAGCCGUCCUCUGGAAAACAAGCUUCCAUGCAAAUAAAAUAUGUUUGUAUGAA